AGAAGACUCACUAUGGCCAACUCUGACGUCACCGCGCAACGUGUCUACGUUCACUGUAUACGGAAGUCGUCCCUUUGACCAAUAUUAGUAGCGAGUGAGGGUUGUUUGCGCGUGAAGGCAGCCAAGCGAAGCGACGGAAUGAGUGAAUAACUUGACAAAAGCGAAUCCAGCGAAACGAAGGAGGCGCACGAUGAGUUCCCAGGAUGUCCUGCAGGAUGCGUCCACUCUGGCGUCGUAUAAUGUGUUACUCCAGGUGAUGUUCCGCGUGCUCACCUUCCUGCUGAACGCGUUCACGUUGCGGUUCGUGUCCAAAGAGCUGAUCGGGGUUGUUAAUGUCAGGCUUACGCUGCUCUACUCCACACUAGUGUUCCUGUCCAGAGAGGCUUUCCGCAGAGCCUGUCUCAGUGGGGGGUCGGGGAGCAGCCACAGCUGGAGACAAGUCAUCAACCUACUGUGGCUGACGUUGCCUCUGGGCGUUUUAUGGGCAGCGCUGCUGAUCUGUGUGUGGCUGUGGCUUCUUGAGGUCCCGGAUCCCCACAGUGUGCCGUACUAUGGCCCCGCUGUGGUGCUGUUCGCCCUGGCAGGAGUGCAGGAGCUCCUGUCCGAGCCGCUCUGGGUCCUGGCUCAGGCUCACAUGUUCGUCCGGCUGAAGGUGGUCGCCGAGAGCUUGGCAAUGAUCGCUAAGUGCAGCGUAACCGUGGUGCUGGUGGUGUCCGCCCGCGAAUGGGGCCUGUUCAUCUUCUCUGCUGCUCAUUUGGUCUACACAGGAUUCUUGGUUCUGUGUUACGCUGUUUACUUCAUUCGUUUCUUGGGCUCCGAGGAGGCAGUGAGGAAGAACUUUCCUCUGCAUCGUGUUGCAGAUCUGCUUCCCUGUAAAAAUGGUGGCGAGCCCCUGGUUGAUUGGACCUUAGCCCGGCUCACGUGGAGCUUCUUUAAGCAGUCCUUCCUGAAGCAGAUCCUGACAGAGGGCGAGCGCUACGUCAUGACCUUUUUGAAUGUCCUCAGCUUUGGAGACCAGGGCGUCUACGACAUUGUCAACAACCUGGGCUCCAUGGUGGCGCGCUUCAUCUUCCUGCCCAUUGAGGAAAGCUUCUACAUCUUCUUCGCUAAAGUGCUGGAGCGAGGACGUGAAGUCAGGCGUCAGAGACAGGACGAAGUCGCCAUUGCAGCAGAGGUCCUGGAGUGUCUCCUGAAGCUGGUGCUGGUGAUCGGUCUGGUGAUCACAGUGUUCGGUUACGCCUACUCUCACCUGGCCCUGGACAUCUACGGGGGUUCUCUGCUGAGCAGUGGGUCGGGGCCCACUUUGCUGAGGUGCUACAGCUGCUACGUCCUCUUGCUGGCUGUGAAUGGAGUAACGGAGUGUUUUGUAUUCGCUGCCAUGAGCCAGAAGGAGGUGGACAAGUAUAACCUGGUGAUGCUGGCUCUGUCCGUGUCGUUCCUCUUCUUGUCCUACAUACUGACAUGGUGGGCCGGCGCUGUUGGUUUCAUACUGGCCAACUGCCUUAACAUGGGUCUGCGGAUCCUUCACAGCCUGCUGUUUAUACGCCGCUACUUCCAGUUUAGUCAGUGGAAGCCUCUGAGGGGUCUGUUGCCUUCCCCGCUUCUUCUAGUGGCACUGGCAGUCAGUGCAGGUGUCACAGCAGUUUCUGAGAGCGUGUUCUGCUGUGACGGCGGCUGGGUGCUGCGUCUGAUCCAUAUCGGCGUCGGAGCAGCGUGUCUGCUUGGCGUUCUGGUAACCGUCCUCCUCACAGAGACACGUCUAGUCCAGUUCGUGAGGACACAGCUCCUGCCGUGGUACAGAAAGAAGCGUUCGUAAAUUAGAUGGAACGCAUUGGACUCGAACAAAAGUGCACUACUGUGCGAGAAGCCGCCAAAGUCACUGGCUGCGUGGAAACCAGUGAAACCGCACUUACCUGUAUGUGAAUGCAUGAAUGUGAGUGUGUUUUUAACUCCUCUCCUUUUUGAUACAGAAACAUGUUAGGAAUGUAAUUAUGGGUAAAAGGAAGUUGAAUGUAUUUUAAGACAACUGUUAAUACAACUGUUUUUUUUAGAAAAUAUAUUGUCCCAAGAAAUAAAAGGACAUGAUAAAA